UAACCUCAUCCCGGGAAGGAGACCGGAACCCCCCAGCCGAGGAAUUUGGACAUCCUAACCCACCCUACCUAUCCCGGCGCAUCACACACGAACGCCAUCAAAAAGGGGGUAACGAACACAGCCAGCGCGAACACGCGAGUCUACCCAACUAGUAUCUCAACCGUCAUCAACGGGCAUCCCAUCAUCAUCAUCAUCAUCACAUCCGUAGGCCCAUUAGCUUGAUCUACCGGUGCCGCAGAGGAGUAGCGAGCUGAAAAAUACACGCGAAACGCUCCCCUCUCCACCCGUCUGACAACCACCACCCCUCUUCUAUCUAUCCCCACCACCAUCGCUCUCUCCCUUUGCCUCAUCCGAGCACAUAAUUACUCUCGUUUGCUAUACCUCUUGCUCGAUACCUGCUUUGCACCUUCCAAACUGGGACAAAAGCGCAGGCAAUAAAUCCUCCCGACAAAAGCACUACCUGCCAACCAACGCCACUAACACCGGCCAGACAGCAUAUUCGCAGCCCAUUCGCAAUCUAUCGCAACACGUUUCGCCGCGCCCGCAACGCAUCAGACAAUGGACUACGCACCUGACACCGCCAGCGAGCCUUUUGCACACUCAGUCGCCUCCGUCUCAUGGGGCUCACCAAGACUUAUGCUCUCCCCUUCCUCGACUGAACUCAGCCAGCAGUCCUCUCCUAUCCAGCUCAUGUUCCCCAAUACCGGCCUAUAUGCGCCUCCAGCGCACGAUGGCCGUCCAAGUACAGGCAGCAGUAUCCAUUCUCGCCCUCCCACAGGUCCCGCAACAAGUCAGCUCAGUCUGAACCUCUCCGCACUCAGCGUAAACUCGUCUGAUCACGGUCAGCACUCUCACCCGGCGGACGAGAGCCCGGAGAUGGACCAAACAGGACUCGACAGCAGCGUUUUCCACUCGCCGACAGAUGCGGCAUUUGCAGCUCCCCACCCGUAUGGUAACCUAUACAACAUGAGUGCUGCCCAUGCAGGCGCGUCGACUUCCCCACGCAUUGCUCGUCACGCACUGCGCAAGCGACCGCUUCCGCAGUCCAUGGACGAGCAACAAAUACAGGAGACAAUGGCUGGCUCUGGUUCGGUGUACAGUAACGCGAUGGGCCCUAUCGGACUUGGGAUCGCCCGUCUCGUACCGGACAGCGAACCGAGCAUGGGCAUCGACCCGAGUCAAGUGUCCGUUUCUGCUCUGCAUCAGGCGAUGGACGACACUGGUGACUUGGCGUUCGGAACUGAUGGUACCGGGUCAGGAAUGGACGGUUCACCUGACUCGAGCGAAGAUGCAGACGGUCCGAUGAACUUGAUUUCCCAGGGAAUCCACCGUGGUGCGGGGACGAUCAGGAUUCCGAGCGGGAUGAGCGUGAGCGCGGAUGAAGGGACGAGCAGCGGGCGCGGAUAUUCGGGUAGGCCCCCGCCUAUGAAUAACUUCGUUACCAAGCUGUACCACAUGAUCUUGGACCCUAAGGCUGCACCGUUCAUCUCUUGGACGGACAUGGGCGCGAGUUUCGUGGUGAGCAGUGUGACCGAGUUCAGCAAGACGGUGCUUGGGAGUCAUUUCAAGCAUAAUAACUUCUCGAGCUUCGUCCGUCAGCUGAACAUGUACGGAUUCCACAAGAUCAACCGCACCCCCCGUGCAUCCCGCUCGACAGGUACGGAUCAGACCUGGGAAUUCUCCCACCCCAAAUUCCUGCGCGGUCGCCCAGAUCUGCUGGACGAGAUCAAGCGCAAGGCUUUGGAGCCCGAUCUCACCGCGCGUCAACGCGUAGAGCUCCCUGCAGAGGUCGCGAACCAGCUAGGCGGCGUCGAGGGCCGCAUUGAGCAGAUCGCGGCUCAGCUCAUGGCGGAGAAGGAGAAGAACCAGAGGCUGGCUCUCGUCGUACGCCAGCUGUGUGAUUGGCUGGCGAAUAUGUAUCCUGGGCAGAUUCCGAUCCAAGUUCCCACUGACCUGCUUGAGUGCAGUCCCCAUCCGCACAUCUAUGUGAGCCACACGGCCGACGGAAUGCCCAUAAACGGACAUCCUGUUUCCCCAUCUUACCUCUCCCCUUACGUCCAGCAUCCGUAUUACGCAGUACCCGUCCCGAACACGCUCACCCCGCAGUCGACACCGACGUCCUCCGACUUCCCUGAUGACUCGCAACAGUCACGCAUGCUCGAUCCCACUUGCGACCCGACCGACCGCUCGCGAUUCAUCAUUCCCCAGCUUCCGCACUCGGCACCGGCAGGAGGCCGCUUCAUGCGCCGCAACGUGUCCAACCUGUCGCUGGACGAAGUCUCUGUGGGUUCUAGUCAUCACGGCACGUUUAUGCUUCGUCCUUCAGCGUCGAAUAUGAACCUUGCCGGUGUUGAUGGUUCCGAGCUCCACCAGCAGCAGCAAACUGACAGCCCGGACUCUCUCGAGCCCAACGUACUGGAACUAAAUGGCCAGAUACUGCCAGAAGUUCCCGUACUCUCCGCAGCGCCCAAGAGCUCAGGUCGUGGAAGCAGCAAGCGUCAGCGCCCAAACCCCUCACCAUCGCUCGACUCCCAGCUCUCCAUGGCAGGGACCGAAUCCCUCGCCUCUUCUACCGUGUCUUCCAAUAUACACGGCAAGCUGCACCGCGUGAGGAGCGAUAGUGCACCGCUCGGAUUCGGCCUCGGACAGUGGCAGGGGCAGGACCAGUCCGCGUUUAUAACACCAUCGACGUCCGCACCCAACCUCUCUCCUGAGCGCAGGCCCAGGAGCGGAACGUUGAUCAGCCGGAGGGCUACUGAACGUUCCGGCCUUCGGAUGGCCUCGAAGGCCGAGGCGUAAAACACCCCUCAAUGCCUUGCUUGACCGGCUUACGGUCCUCUUUGUGGGGAUCAACUUGAUCUCUGCACUAUUUUGUCACCUUCUUCUUGUCACCCUCAGUCCUCUGCUUUCUGUUCUUGCGUGGAAGACCUCAGUAAAAUAAUCCUUAAAACCUGUAAGCUCUCUGCAACCUUCCAUCCCAUUCUGCGCGCAUCAUACCCGGUCUCUCUCAGUCCACUCUCAGCUCACUCUUCCCUGGCUUCACCCGUCCGUUUCCAGUACAUAUACUGCCUUUUCUUUUUUUCGAUUUCCUUGGUAUCGGUAUGCGUCCUGUAAUCUUCUCUAGGUUUAUCUGUCUGUUUUCGUACAGGAGGCUAGAUGCCUCACUUCCACUCCUUUAUGUUGAACCUCUCUUUUCUUCCCUGGCUCUCCUUCCUUCGUACUUUCGUUUCGCUUGAACGGCUCCCAGC